GGCAGCUCAUAAGGACGCCGUUUUGCGUCCCUCUUAAGCGGAAAUGAGAGGGUUAAAUGGUGGAGGAGUUAGCAUUUGGCGCAAGAGUAGUAUAUUAUGGGCACGUCGCUCCUCCACCAAAUUGUUCGUCGGAGGGCUUUCCUAUGAUACAAAUGAACCUGUUCUUAAGGAUGCUCUUGGAAAGCAUGGUGCAAUAAUUGAAGUUAAAGUUAUAUGUGAUCAUGUGAGUGGGAAAUCAAAAGGUUAUGGAUUUUUGAAGUUCACAUCUGAAACUGAAGCCAGCAGUGCUUUAAAAGAAAUGGAUGGUCAGGUACUUGAUGGCAGACAAAUCCGCUUGUAAUUUGCACACAAGGGGUAAUGACAUUGUUCUCAGCAUAGUUUAGUUGUACAUGAAAGCUUUGCUGCUACUUUUGUCUUUCUCUUUGAGAUACUAGAGAAAACUCACCUUAGUGUCGAGCUCUAGAUGCUUGGUCAAUGGC